AUGACCGCGCUUGACGGCAUCGAGGGCUUGUCGGAAUGCAUUGGACGCGCGAUACAAGAGCACCUUGCAAGGUCCAAUCUCAAUCUUGCGUGGCCUCAGAUUGAUAGUCUUGAUCGUCCCAUACUUCGGUUCGAGGCAUUCAUCGAAGAUGCUGGUGCCGUUAGUACGGUUGCGUCCCGAUCUGAAAAGAUCGCUUCGGUACUAACCCGCAAUGUUGCUACUCCCCACGCUGAGGCUCUGCAUGAUCGGGACGAUCAGGAAUCAGCUGAUGAUGACGAUGAUGAUUUGCAGGACGAUGCAGCAGCGCAGACUGCUUCGAGGAAGGGCACAGGCGGUCUUCGCGUGGCCAACAGCCAAUUGAUUCGAGAGGACCUUAGCGAGAAUCAGCGGCAGAUGCAAGUCGACUCGCGCACUUUCCCGAAGCGGAGGAAGGUAGCCUCAGAGAAGUUUGUUUUCCAGCCUUCUACUUUAGAUAAGUUGAUCAUCGGCAUCUGGGAGCAGUUCCAGGUAGCACCAAACAGCGUUUCGAGCGUAGUGCGUCAUGCGCCAAUGGAUGCCGCACCUGUCGCUCUCAGCGUCACGACUGAGCCUAGCGGCGGAUCUUUCAGUCAAAUGAAUGUAUUCUGCCGCAAAGUGACACAAGCCAGUCGCGUAUGUCGUUCCAUCGAAAUCAUCGUACAAGCUCGAUGGACAGAGCUGUUCGAGGAGCAAGUCCAGGCGAGAACUGCCGCUCAUCCAGAACUAUCCUCGACGAAGCACAGAAAAGGAGUCUUCAUGGAAGCUUGCCAAGACUUUGGUUGGUCAGAAAAAGAGCUCCGCAAUAAAAUGGCGAUCUGGCGAGGAUACAAAGACGUCAAAGAUGCAGCAGGCUGGGCGGCACUAGUGUUUGCCGGCAUGGGCAUUUACCGGUUCUGCAAAUAUCGCGUGGGUUUUGACAAAGAAGCUAUGCGUCGCCUGAAGAACUUGCGUAACCGACUGGAGGUAGCAGCAGACACACUGCAUCCCCACUGGCGGCAACUAUUGGCGAUCGUUGGCGAGCCGCAAGCGCUAAAGUACCCGGGACACCCUCACGAGUGGGUAGUCUACGAGGAUGGGUCGGACCCUGUACCACUUCGACAGACCUACAUCGAGCAUGAUCCGUUCUUCUCGUUUGAGCACAUCGAGGAAUCGGUCGUUGAUGGAUCUGUGUGGGGCUGCGAAGACCCUCGCUGGAUGCCACAAGAGAGCGCCAUCACAAGAGCUAGCGGAACCUACAUGUGCGCCCUUUGCAACGAGCAGCAGUCCGAUGAGCCGAAGUUGAAUGCCUGUUUCUGUUUCCCGUCGCUGUUUGGCUGCGUCAAACGUAAACCACCACCAGUUCAAAUCUACCGUACGGCAGAGGGUAAGAACAACGGUCUGAUAGCCCUGACAGCCUUUGAGAGAGGAACAGCAGUGGGGGAGCUGGUGGGUCUGAUAACCAAUGGAGUUCGACAUCUCGACGUUAUGGAGGGCUCAACGCCGCUGGCCAAGUAUCAGAUCUGGCAGGGCCGCGAGGGCAACUAUACCCGCUUUGCUAACCACAGCUGCAAAGCAAAUGCACAAACCUCGAACUUCACAUGGCUGGACACACAGCGUGUGAUUCUGGUCAGUAAAGGUAUCGAAGCUGGAUCCGAAAUAACAGUGGAUUAUGGCGACAAAUACUGGGCCGGCUUGGACAAGUCGUGCUUCCGCUACUUGGACACUCGUAAGAACAUCACCGCUGCAACAAACAUGGCCAACGACUACCCCAGCUCAGAUGAGGAGAUUAUGGAGGCACAGACGGGAUCAAGGAAGAGAAGGAAGACGUCGAGUGAUUCAGAGUCCGACACAGCACCCCGAGCACCUACAGCAACCUCAAUUUCUCGCGUCAAACCAGCCAAGGACCGGGCAGGACAUCAGGCUGCCUCGAGAGUAGCAGUAUCGAAAGCUAGUGUUCCCGAAGAAAAUGGCAAGGAGAAAGUCAGUUUUGCUUCCAUUGAUGUUGCGCCGUGGCUUGUGGCAUCGCUCGCCUCCAUGGAGAUCAAGCGACCCACCGGCAUUCAGAAGGCGUGUAUACCUGAAAUCCUCAAGGGACGCGACUGUAUAGGUGGUUCGAGAACGGGUACGGGUAAAACUGUCGCAUUCUCGGUUCCCAUUCUUCAAAAGUGGGCAGAGGAUCCGAGCGGAAUCUUUGGCUUGAUCAUCACUCCCACUCGCGAGCUGGCCAUACAAAUCUAUGAACAGGUCAAAGCCAUAUCAGCUCCACAAUCCAUGAAGCCCAUCCUCGUGACCGGUGGCUCCGAUCAACGCGAACAGGCCAUCGCUCUAGCAUCUCGUCCGCACGUUGUGAUCGCUACCCCAGGUCGUCUCGCAGAGCACAUCAAGACCUCUGGCGAAGACACCAUCUGCGGCCUCCGGCGCGUCCGCUUCGUCGUCUUCGACGAAGCCGACCGGCUCCUCGCCCCCGGGCGCGGCUCCAUGAUCCCAGACAUCGAAACCUGCCUCUCCGUACUCCCGCCCAAGGAACAACGCCAAACGCUCUUAUUCACCGCGACCGUCACCCCCGAAGUCCUGGCGCUGAAAUCGCAACCACGAGCACCUGGUCGUCUCCCCAUCUUCGUAUGCGAAGUCGACACCGAAACGCUCGCUACCCCCGCAUCGCUCAGCCAACUCUACCUGCAAACUCCCGUCACGCACAAGGAAUGCUACCUGCAUGUGCUCCUCCUCACGCCGCUCAAUCUGACCAAAUCGGUGAUUAUCUUCUGCAAUCGCACAAAGACGGCUACGCUGUUGGAGUACAUGCUGCGUAUGCUGGAUCACCGCGUCACGGCCCUGCAUUCCGGCCUCAAACAGCAAGACCGCAUAUCCAACCUCGCUCGUUUCCGUGCUCAAGCUGCGCGUAUCCUUGUCGCGACGGACGUCGCGGCCCGUGGUCUCGACAUUCCUGAAGUUGGGCUCGUCGUUAACUUCGACGUCCCGCGCGAUCCGGACGAUUACAUCCACCGGGUGGGACGUACGGCGCGUGCUGGUCGGCCUGGUAACUCGGUGACGUUCAUUGGCCAGCGUGACGUGGAGUUGGUGUUAGCGAUUGAAGAGAGGGUGGGUGGCAAGAUGAGCGAGUUUGAAGAGGAGGGGGUGAGUGUAGAGGGCAGGGUUGUUCGGGACGCGCUGAAGAUUGUAACGGAGAAGAAGCGCGAGGCGUUGUUGAAUAUUGAGGAGGGGAGGGAUGUUAAGGGAAAUAGGAUGGUGGGGAUGAAGAAGAGGAGGGUUGUGGAAUGA